AUGUCGACAUACAAACUUUAUUAUUUUAAUGGUCGUGGUCGUGCUGAAGUCGCUCGUUUAAUUUUUGCUGCUGCUAGUCAAAAAUAUGAAGAUAUUCGUUAUGAACGUGAUGAAUGGCCAUCGCAUAAAGCUGAAACACCUUUAGGUCAAAUUCCUGUUCUUGAAUUUGAUGGUGUUAAAUUACCACAAUCGAUGGCUAUUGCUCGUUUUCUUGCUAAACAAUUUCAAUUGGCUGGAAAAGAUAAUUUUGAACAAGCAAAAGUCGAUGCAGUUGCUGAUACACUUAGUGAUGUAGUAGCAGCAUUUGUACCAAUUCGUCGAGAACAAGAUGAAGCCAAAAAACCAGAACUUAUAAAGAAAUUUCAAACCGAAGAAUUACCAAAACAUUUAAAAAAUCUUGAAGUUUUAGGUAAAUUAUAUGGAAAUGGUGGUCAUUUUUUUGUUGGUAAUCAUUUAACAUGGGUAGAUUUAUAUUUCUACGAUUUGGGUGAGACUCUUCUUGGAUUGGCUGCAACUGGUUUGGAUACUCAUCCAUGGUUAAAACAAAAUCGUGCAGAAGUUGAAAAACAACCAAAAAUUGCAGAAUAUCUCAAGAAUCGACCCAAAACACCAUUUUAA